AAUUGGGGACUUCACUCUGACCACCAUGAUAGGAACUCCAAUAAGCAAAGGCCAAUAGAUACGUGCAUAUCACAAAACACACACACACUCCUCCAAAAAAUCAUCUAUCACCUAACUCACCUAUCCUCAAGUGAAAGUGUUAUACAACAUGGAAUAUACUUAUUCAGCAGAGGCUGAAACUUACACAAGUAGCAGCACCACCCCUUCAACUGCCCUCAGAAAGAAGAAAAACAACAACAACAACAACAACAACAACAACAACAACAACACAAGAAGGUUCAGUGAUGAUCAAAUCAAAUCAUUGGAGAACAUGUUUGAGACUGAGUCAAGGCUUGAGCCUAGAAAGAAGCUGCAGCUUGCAAGAGAGCUUGGAUUGCAGCCAAGACAGGUUGCUAUAUGGUUUCAGAACAAGAGAGCCAGGUGGAAGUCAAAGCAACUAGAGAGGGACUAUACCAUACUCCAAACCAAUUAUAACACCCUGGCCUCACGUUUUGAAGCUCUAAGGAAGGAAAAGCAAACAUUACUAAUACAGUUGCAGUUUGGUAUGUAUUUUGAACAGUUGCAGAAGCUGAAUCAUCUAAUGCAGAAGCCGUUGGAGCCAGGUGAGAAAUGCACACAGGUUGAAGCAGCAAACAGCGUGGACAGUGAAUCAGAAUAUGGGGGCACCAUGAAAUGUGAAGCUGAGGAAAAGCCAAGCCCUUCAAUGGAAAGAUCAGAACAUGUGUUUGGUGUUCUGUCAGAUGAUGACACGAGCAUAAAGGUGGAAAACUUUGGCCUAGAAGAUGAACCUGGUCUUCUGAAUUUUGCUGAGCAUGCUGAUGGUUCCUUGACUUCACCAGAAGAUUGGGGUGCUUUUGAAUCCAAUGAUCUCUUAGGCCAAUCAACCAGUGAUUACCAAUGGUGGGACUUCUGGUCCUGAAUGAAACAGAACAACCAAAAUUUUGUGGAGGAAUUAAUGUAUGUAUGCAUAUGAAUGCUUCAUGUUUUGUUCCACAUUGGAUAUUAUGAUUUUUCAUGUUAACUUAGAAAUAACUAGUCAUAGAUUCCACAGUUUUAAACGAAAUUGGUGUGAUUUUAUCCAACACGAACCAAAUCAAUAAACAAGGUAACACCACCUAAGAUAAAC